AUGUCACUUUUAUCACCAGUGGAAGCUGGUACAUACGUGCCAAGUUUAAUGACUGAAGUUGUACAAGGUUUGUUACAAGGAUUUUUAGUAAAUUCUAUAGAAGAUAAUAUCGAAUUUAUUAACAGCCCACCUGGUGCAGUCGAGCUUACUCAUUUGUUAUAUCAAGCAUAUAAUGGUGAAGAUUCAUUUUUAAUUCAUAAUUUGUUAGAUUUUCUAACAAAUUGUAUUGCUUCCUUAGUUGAAAAUAAUGUGAAUUUGCAAGAUAAUCAAAAUUUUUGUCAGAAAGAUGGUUCUUUAGAUGCAAAGCAAUUGUAUUCAUAA